GCGUGUGCUAAGGCCAAGGUCGUGGGUUAGAUCCCUGUACUGGCCAACAUGGUUUUAUUUUAGCUACAAGAGGACGUUUGUAAUUGUCAAUCCUUAAAAAAAAAAAAAAAAAAUUGUCUGGUGUUAAAUGGAACACAGGAAAUAAUAUACAUAUUAAUAUGCGAGGUAUUUUGCUAUAAACGGUGAUUUGAAAGGACAUGUCCUUCCUGCUAAGUUUGUGCCAUUCAGGAGUCCAUAGUAACCAGAACCAGAGGCUGAUCAGUAAUCAGAGGAUUUAGCCACCGCUUUGAUUUAGCAAACUAGUAGCUAGGAAGCUAGACGAAUUUGAGGCCACAUCUUUUUCUGUUGCUUGUGCAGAACAUUGUUUGGUAGGGUAGUAAUUUAGCAAUCUGGUGAUAUAUAACGUUAGCUAAGCUAGCUAGCCUAACGUUACAUAGUUAGUAGCUGGCUAGCUUAGCAUAGCAAUCCACAUCCAUGCAAUGGCAGGAAACGUGAAAGACAAGGAAGCUUAUCAAAGACUGAACUUUCUGUAUCAGGCUGCACACUGUGUUUUGUCUCAAACCCCUGAGAAUGUGGAAUUAGCUCGUUUUUACUGCUUCACUCAGAAGACCAUCGCAAAACGUUUGGUAUUAAGACAAGACCCCUCAGUGAAAAGAACAUUAUGUAAGAAGUGCUGCUCUUUGCUGGUCCCAGGAGUAACUGCCACAGCCAGACAGAGAAGGACUAAGCACAGAAACCGCAUGACUGUGCUGCAAUGUCUUAGCUGUGGGCAGAGCAAGAGGUUCCUAAACAAUCCAGCGCAUCGCCUGUGGGUGGACCAGCCUGAGGCCCAGCUGGAGAACCAAUCACAGCCAGAACAAGGUCCCUCCACUAAAGAGUUGAAGAAGGAGAAGGCAGAUGGACCCAUAACGCAGAAAUCCUCCACAGGGCCUUCCUCUGCCCAGCACCAGGUGCCUCCAUCCAAGCCCAAAACCUGAGCCCUGUGGCCUCAGUAGCCCAUUCACAACUGGACAUAGCUUCUAUGUGUGGCAUUGACACAUAUUUUCAACUAUAUCAUGUAUGUGAGAAUUGUAUUUAUUUUUUUGCCGGUGACAACCCGUUACAUCAGUGGUAUGAUGUAAUGGGUUGUCAUUGUAAUGGAAGAGGUUGAGGUUGGUUAAAAAUACAAACAUUUGAUGUAUUGAGUUGUGUACAGGAAGUUCAGUAACGACAACCAAUGUUCAAAUUUUUUUAAUAAACAUUUUAAAUUGA